AUGUCGGGACAAUUAAAGGUAGGAUAUCAAACAACUGCUUUUGAAAAUCACAGCUACUACCAAGUUGCUUUGUUCGAUCUGGUGUCACUUCAGGAGCAAAUUACAUGCCUGCAGAUACAAAACCUUAUAAUAAUAUAUUACUGGUAUUUACCGAGCAGGAGAUUGAUAUGGAAAAAAAUCUAUGGGAGAGUUAAAUAAGUUCACAUCAGUUCAAGAUUAUAAGAGUCCACAUAGAUGAUUGUAGAACGUUUUUACUUUGGGAUGAUCAAAGCUAAUGAAAAAUAUGUUCUUGGUCUCAUGUUUCACAUCUUUUUAGAUAAAAAAUGAUCAUACAAGUUGGUUAGAAUUGGAUGAUUUAAAGUUUGCCAUGUCAUGCAAAACCAGACUCUGAAUAUCUGAAGAGGAAAAAUUUGUGUAUAACAUUUUUUUGCAUGAUAUCAAAAUGUUACAGGUGCAGGUCACUUCUUAGAGUAUGAGAUUACAGUUGUAUUACACUAACCCUGAUAUCCACAACAACUGUUCUUUACUGUUUCAUGGAAAUUUUGUACAACUUUUGCUUAUAAGUUUAUUGACUUUGUGAAGUUACUAAGUGAAUUCAAAAUUAAGAAGUAUCUUUCAAAAGUAAAUUAAUUCAUAAAAUGUGUUUUCUCUCUUAUUUCAAUAACUCUAAUUGAAUUUCCUAAAUCACAAAAAUCUUGUGUUUACAGAACGACACUGGGGAAAGGAAACUGAGGGUAACCCUUUUGAGUGCUGAAUGGAAAGCUUCAAGCAAUGGAGACUGGACAACCAUCAACAGAGAACUAGCAAUACAGAUGGCUAAACAUCCCAAUGUGGAAGUUAGUGUCUUCUUACCUCAGUGUAGUGAAGAGGAAAAGAAAGAUGCUGAUAGUUACAAUGUUAAACUCAUUGAAGCUGUUAAACUGUCUGGUUUUGAACCAGUUCUUUGGCUAGCCUCAGUACCUGAUGGCCAUGCUAUAGAUUGUAUUCUAGGGCAUGGAGUAGCUCUUGGUCGGCUAAUUCCACUCAUAAAGAAAAAUCCAAAUUACAAUCAUUGCAAAUGGAUUCAAGUUGUCCAUACUGCCCCUGAAGAAAUUGGCAUGUACAAAAGCAUUUCUGAAGGUCAACAAAUGCAGAAAACAGAAAUAGAACUAUGUGAAAUGGCUGAUCAAGUUGUAACAAUUGGCCCCAAACUAACUGAUGCAUAUAAGCACCAACUCGGACAACAGGAUGUUUUUAAUCUGACGCCAAGCAUAUUCCCUGAAUUUUCAGAUGUGCAGCAAGCAAGCGAUGAAAGAAGAACGUUUUGUGUCUUGGUAAUUGAGAGUGGUAAUAGUGAAGAUUUUGAUGUUAAAGGAUAUGACAUUGUAGCAAAAGCUAUUGCUAACCUUAAGGAUAAAUCUUACCAACUCAAGUUUGCUUCCAAACAGAGAGGAAAGGAAGAUGAAUUAGCAGAAAAGUUACUUCAGUGUGGUAUUGAUCGUAAUCAACUAAUUAUCUGCAGCUUUGAUGAAAACAGGAAAACAUUAGCCAACUUAUUCUCUGCAGUGGAUAUUGCCAUUUUGCCCUCAAAAACUGAAGGGUUCGGGUUAAGCGCUCUUGAAGCCAUAUCUGCUGGUCUUCCAGUACUUGUCAGUGGUAACUCAGGUAUUGCAGAAGCAUUAAGGGAGGUGCCUAAUGGGUCACAGUGUAUAGUGGAUUCAGAGGAUCCUGUAGACUGGGCCAGAGCAAUAAAGGCUGUGUGUGACAAAAAAAGGAAUGUACGACUUGCAGAGGCAGAGAUUCUUCGUGAAAACUAUAUGCAGCAGUUCAGCUGGGAGAAGCCUUGUGAUUUCCUAGUUAAAAAGAUGUACAAUCUUGCAUUUGGUAAGUUUUCUUAUCUUGCAUCAGGGAUGCAGAAGCUUUAAUCAAAUUUGAAAUGAUGACAAAGCUCACAUGUUCUGCAUUAAAUUUUCAUUGUACAGGUUAGCAGUUGUUUCUAAAUGCUAUAGGGACAGUAGUGACAGUAGUCUUAUGGAAUGUGAAAAAUUUACAUUUAAGGAAACUGAUAAUGCAAGGCUACAAGUUGGUGGUAAUAGCCAUUGUUGUGAACAGUAAUAACAAUUGGUGUACUGGGUACUACAUUGCAUUCAAUCGGAAGACUGCUGUGCAAUUUUAGGUUUUGGGCAAAGGAACACUCGUGUAGAAGCCCUCUAUUAAUGAGGACCUGCAAGCAGAGUAUCAUCCAAUAUGUUUGAAGUUUAAUGUUAUAUUAAUGGUUCAAGUGGAUUUAAAGUAUAAUUUUUAACUCUAUCACAUGUCAUUUCCUUGUAAACAGCCUUCAGUGUAUCACAUAUUCCAACCGCAUGGUCCAACCUCACUGAAAAAAAUUUACAUGGAACUAAAUGCAACUGAUGGUGAACUUUCCAUGCAAUUCUCCUGUGUUUUAAAUUUUUCUUUGAAUGAAAUUUGGUUUUAGCUACCUUGAGCUUAACUCCAUUGUAUGUCAAUUCAUUGUAAACAACCUGCAUUUUAUUAUUUAUUCACACACGGAGGGCAAAAUCCAGAUAGGCAACAAGCAAUCAAGGAGCCCUCUUUGAAAUAUUAUCCUUUUCUCUUGGUCAUUAUUUUUCCAGUUAUUUGAGAUUGCAAUAUAUCUUUGGUUAGAUUUUAUUGGAGAUAGAACAGAGUUUCAAUUUUCUUUUUUUAGUAAAAUUAGGUGGAAUUCUAUUUUUAGAACAACUAGCUAUUGUAGAUGAAUAACUUUGAUUUUCUCUCUGUUAGAAGAAUGACGGUAACCAUGGUCUCUUUUGCAACUUUUAUUUGGUCUUGUCAUGCAACAUGCUUUUUCUCUAAUGGAGAAUAGAGGGUGUUGUGUGAUGAGACCAAACAUCAGCUGCAAAGGAGACAACAGUAAGCAUGGCACCAUUGCCUUUUAUUUUUGCUUAGAAAUAUUUAGACAAUAGAGAAAAUAGACCAUAAAAUACCUGACUGUGUGUGAGUACAGUGAAAUUAGGGUUUUGUUUUCUUUCUCUCAAGGUGGGAAGUAAUGCAGUAUUUUUGUUCAUUUGAAAGUUAUGCUCUUCUUGUGUUACAAAAAUGAAAACAUUAGUAGGCAAAGUGUCCCAUCUCAACCCACCCAGCAAGAAAAAUAACUCUUGCAUGCUGGGCAUGCCUGUGUUUCUUCUUAGCUAAGUCUGUUUAGAUAUUUCCAUGUUUGAAACUGUAGUCUUUUAGAUCAUUGAUAAUUUUGAUUCUACCAUGGAAUGAGAUAAAGAUGUAAAAGAAACCAAAACUGAAGCAAUAUAUAUACUGUAUGUGGUAAUCAUUUUCAUUUCAUCAAUAAUUAUGUUGUUGGUAUCUAUUCAUUGGUAAUAAGCUCUAUGUUUGAUUGGUGUUGCCUCAUUGUAAUGUUCUCACAUUUCAGUGGUUAAUAGGGUAGGAGGCGAAAAAACCUUGUUAUAUUAAGAUUAAAUUUGUCUGUUACAAUUUAACAGGUGGUGAAAUGAAUAUUAAGGUUGAUGUGGAUGACUUGAAACCUGAAGAACAGAAUAUGCAGACUGGCAUGUUGGCAACAGAGUCUGUCAGACAGCAAGAGGUUCAGCAGCCUGGGGCAUCUGCAACAUCAGCUGCAUCUGGAAGUGUGUCUUAUCCACAGACAGAAGAUCUUCAGGCCCUUAAAGAGGAACUCUUUAUAUCAAUUGUUAGAAAUUAUCUCCAGACCACACCACCACGUUCCAGUGAAGAGCACAAUAGGUUUAAGGAGUAUGUAAAAGAAAUGAGGCUCAUCAUUACUGGUGUUGCUGUAGGAAGUUUGGUGAUAACAGUGAAGUGUGAAUCUCUAAUAAUCUUGGAGGAGUUGUGGACAGAUUACUCAUCUGGUCAUCUUGGUGAAGUAGUUCAGAAUUGUUUUGUCACUGAAAAGAUCUUGAAGGAACUGAACGUGGCUGAGCUGAGGCUGAAGACAACAAUGGACAUAGAAGAGUACAAUGCAUGCAAAAUGUUCUUUGUGAAAGAUGCACUUAGAGGUUGGUAGAAAGAAUGUAACAAGGCCUGGUCCUAUCAUAAAAUAUUUAACCUGUUAACCUGUUAUCUUUCCUACUAAGACAUGUGGCUUGAUAUUUUCCUCUUUAUGGGGUUGUAUUUGUCUUUCCUUAAUUUAUUAGAUUACAUACAUUAAUCAAAGGCUAACAGCCAAAACUUUUGUUGGAGGGGCUAAGAAAGAAAAUUUUAUUAGUUUUUGCAUCUUGAGUGUUUUUAAAAAUAGUGUGAGGUAUAUUUAUGGUUAAAAAUGUUUGUCUUUUUGUAAAUCUGAUUUUAGAUGCUCUAUCCUCUGACUUCCACUCCACAAGUUCAACCAGUGAAAGUCCACAAAAAAAUGAGCAAUGGGAAAAAAGUGAACGGAAGAAAAAGAUUAUGGAGACAGCGAGAUUGGAAGGUGAAAAGGAGGUUUAAAAACUUGUAUAAAUUAAGUUAUUAUGGAAAUUUGUUGUGAACAGUAAUAACAAUUAUGUAGUAAAUGUUGGAAGAAUAAUUUCAGCAAUAAUGUGGCAUUAAUAAAUUAAUAUAAUUGUACACAGUUCCACAUAUGGGAAAAAAACGCUUGAAGAGAGUUUGUGAAUGCUAAUCUCUCUGUGAAUUUUUACCCUUAGGUACUUCAGCCCUCACUGUAAUACCCACCACUGGUCAUGGAAAAGAACUAGAAGAACUGUGGGGAAGGAAAGGUGAACAGGAUGCUCAGUUUGAACUUAUUUUUCAAGUUAAUGUAAUUAAAACAUGUUGCUCAUUGUGUUCAGCUAUUAAUCCAGGUGGAAAGUUGUAUUCUAUUGAAAGUUAUUGACUAUUUAAGGUUCUUCAUGUUGGUUGAGGUUUUCUUUUUGUUAUUGAGGGAAAACUUACUUUUAAGUUGAUUUAGUUGAUUUACUCUUUCAACUGGCAUCAAACCACCUUGAAACGAAUAAGAAGAUGUUAGUGUUACUGCUUUCAGUUGUUUUGGCAGAUUCAUUGAAGUCUAGCAUGGGUUCCAGUUUGGGUUCAGUCCCCUCUGACAUGGGCCAAAAAAAAAAAAGAAAGGAAAACAACAUAGCAAAUCACUGACUUGUUGUUUUGAUGCAAAUGAUAUUGAAGAAGUAGAACAAUCCAUAGAUGCUUAAAUUGGCCAAAAAAGUUGUAGGAGUGAAGCUAAGAAACUACAGGAAAAAAAAGGAGAAAUGAAUAAAAGAAUCUGAAUGUGGUUUUAGUCAUCUUUUAAAAUAGAAAUUAAUAAAACAUUAUACACAUGCAGACUGAAUACUUUUUCAGUUGUUCUCAACAGUUUUCUUUUUUCGGGUUUAAAGCAUCUUUGUUCAAAUAAAGGCAAUCUACUUUUACUUUUGAAAAAGUAAAAAUCAAACAUUUUUGACACAAGGUAGUCAUCACUGUCAGUGAUGAGUAAAUAUUUUAGCCAUGUAAAUAACUCAAUGGCAUUAAAUUUUUUGAUAUUUUUUCCAGUAAUUAAUACUUUUAAAAGAAAUUAUUCCCUAUAUGAGAUAUUAACCUUUGUCUGUCUUUUAUCCAUAAAUAAUGUUAAAUGCUCUCAGCUGUUAUUCAGUAACUUAGUUUUGGUUAGUAACAUAUUUUCAAUUCAGGUGUGCCUCUACAUCCAUAAAUUCGGGUAGGUAGUAUUAAAUUGGCUGUGGCAUGUUAGAAUGAAAACAUGCUUAAAGAUAGUUAAUUUCAUUGUUCUUUCACUUGACCUUGAUACAUGUUAUUAUGCUUUAACUUUUUAUAUCAGAUGAGGCACUAAGCACUAAAUAUAUUUCUGUGUAUCUCUGUGCUCAGGUGGGUUUCCUGUCAUUCAAUUUUCAACCUUUGAUAUUGAGAAAAAACUAACUGAACUAAGCAUGGAGCUUCAGAGGCUCAGAAUAAAAGGUGAAUAUAAAAUGUUUAUUGAUUCAUUAUUAGAGAGAAAUAAAUCUAAGAAUGCUAUUAAAGGCUUUCACCCCAGUCUCGAAUUAUCACUUUUCAAGGGCAAUUAUUCCUUAUUUAAAAGAAUCUGUUGUCUGAUUUUAUUACUACUGAUGAAUGCUUCCAUUCCUUAUUCAAAUUAUACAUUUCAAGGGAAACUAUUCCUUAGUAAAGAUGAUCCCUCUUCCUUUAUAAUUAUUAAGUGAGAUAAUUAUCUAAUACUUUCAGUUCUUCACAUGAGCCUAGUACAAUGUGAAGUGUUUGUUAAAUGCCUGUUUUUAACCAUUUAUGCGAGGUAAGGCACUGAAUGCUAAAUACAAUGUAUCUCUCUGUUUACCUUUCCCUUCAGGUACUUUGCCUCCCCCUGAACUCUUUUCUACUGAUCUUGAAGAUGAACUAGAACAACUUCAACAAUUUAUUUGGAUACUUACACUCAGAAAAAGCAUGAAAGGUGAGUGAAACAUGUGUAUUGGCUCCGUUGAACAAGGGAAAAGAAAUAUGGAAAUGAUGCAAGGAAAUGUUUCCACUGGUAUUCUAAGCUUGAUUUUUUAAGUAACCAGCAGAAAGGUGAAACACUUUCUUUGAAUUUGCUAUAAAGGACUCCUAUUAUUUUCUCUCAAAUAUCUCAGCAACUUGCAACUUGCCUACAUGCAACUUGCAAAGCAUCUGCGCUGCUCAUUACGUGUUGAAGCAUUGAAUAAUGUGUAUUUACUCUAUAUUAAAGGUAACCCCUUUUCAUGUGCAAUGCUAUCAACCAAGAAUGGUUUGUGUUUAAAAAUUCCUUAAACCAUUUUGCUGUUUACUUCUUCUCUCAGGUAGUUCACAUUCCCUUGUUCCCACCAUUAGAACAGUAUUUAGACUACGCCGGGAACUUAAGAAAGUCAAGAUGGAAGGUGAAUAAAUAAUGUACAUUUAGAGAAAAAACAAUUUUAGUAGAAUGCUAUUAAACACUUCCACUUCUUUAUCGAAGUAUAUUUUCCCACUGAACUCCUGCACAUGCAGUCUUUUACAGCAGUAAUUAUUAACAACUGUUAUGCCCAUUGGAGGCGUAAGAUAUAAGUUACGUUACUACGCUGGCACCCAGCACCUAGAUGGAGGCUGUUUUCACAAGUGGUAAAUCCUGGCAACCCAGCCAUCAGCCGUCUUGUAGUAAGGAGACAACCUUCCAUUGCACUUGGGGAAAAAAAGAGUAAAAGAAAAGAAACUGGCUUCUUAGGAUAAGUUCAUCAUGGUCAUAUAAACUUUCAAAUGUUGGUACAUAUGCAAAAUUACAGGUGCUGUUUCAGGUUAUGCGUAGUUUCGUGGUGCGCACUUGCAGUGCUCGGGAUUUGUACGCGCAUUAAGUGCGCGGUAUUGUCGUGAAUCCUGGAUACAACUCUAGCAUUUUAUCAGAGUGCUUAGACAUUUUUAAUGGUAUCCAUUUACAACCUUGAUGUCUUAAGGCCCCGCAAGCGUCAAAUUGUGCUCUAAUUUAGAACAAGGUGUACACAUGUAGGUUGUAACUUGAGUUUUUAUGUCGAACGUUGAGGAGCCUUUGUGUAAGCCACCUCAGAGUUACGAUGACCACAUCGCGCUACCAGAGGUUAUUAGCAUUCCCACAUUGCUGCUUCAAUACUGCAUGUAGUACUAAUGCAUGUGAGUGAACUGUAGUACAUGUAGGAGGGCCUCAAUGGGGCUAACCGUUAACCAUAAUAUAGCAAAAACAUUUUCCUCUUAGUCGGAAAAAUUGACGAAUUUCAACCGUCAGUCUUAACAUAGCAUAACAUAACUGUUUAUUCACAAUUCAAAUUUUGAAUAAAAGGUAAAAAGGAAACAAGAGGUUACCCUUUUCAAGUUUUUCUCCUUAAAUAAUUAAAAAUCACAGUAAAAUAGUUCAAAAAUUCCUAAAACAUUAGUAAAAUGGCAUCUGAGUCUGUUCUUGUAAAUGUUCAGCCAGUAAUCUGGGAUCGCCACGGGGCAAACAACGGAAAUUGCUACAAAGAAAUAUAUGGCGAAAAGUUGUCUUGGCGUCCAAUAAAACGAUUUUUGAGAUAAUUCAGCGCUUUUUUGCAGCCGUUUUAUCAGAAAAGGAUGAAAGCAAUGUCGAUACGUGGGAAGUCUAAGUCUUUGAUCAAAUAACCAUGAAAUAUGUGUUAAAAUCUACCGAUAGAUUUCUCUCCUUUCGUAAGGUUUAUUGUGAAAUCGUCAUUUCGUAAUGUUCUCGAAACAUCCCAAAGUUACGUAUAAAUCAAAGGAAAUUACCUAAUAAAGUAAUUUACGUGCACAGCCAUUUUUAAUACUAGCUAACGUCUUUCAUAUACAAAUUAUGGCUUCCAGAAAUUUACCUCCUCAAAGGGGAGAAUUCGUCGUCAGAGGAGAUGGAAAUUGUUUUUACCAAGCAAUUGCCCUCUGGAAUGAUGAAAUAAGUGAUGAAAUAACAUGAAGAAAUCCACAGGUUAAGUGCUAGUUUGAUAGAGAGAAAUCCGAAUGUGUUUGAGCCGCUACUUUUCUCUUCGAACUCCGUGGAGGAUCAUGUCAAAAACAGCAAGAUCACGGGAACUUGGGCUGAAACUGUUGACAUCUUCAGCUGUGCAUCACUUCUCGAGCGACCCAUUUGCACCUUCUUAUCGUCGCAGAAAACAUGAUACAACUUUGAACCGACUGAUUCGUUUUCAUCGCUCAUAAAAAAGAAGUGCAAGUGUCCAAUCACUUUGAUGUAUCAUGAUAAGUAUGCUCAGGCAAAUCAUUUUAAUCUCCUUCUGCCUAGAGGUAACUGUUGUAGUGCUCCAGUGCCUGAGAAUACAGCAUCCUCUGUUUCAAUAGAUUUAGAAAACGGUGGUAAUUCAUACGCCAAAGCUUUGAAACAAAUGUCACAAACUCAUCCUUCCUUCAAACCACAUUUGAUUAAAUCUACAGAGUCCAAGCAACCCGGUCAAGAUCUAACUUCUUUAAGUACAAAAACAUUGUCUUCGAACUCUAAAACAAUUGCGGAAAAGCCAACUCAAUCUUCAGAAGCUACCACUGCCAAACAAACCUCUUGUGUGAAACAGCUAAAUCCAGCUACAUGUACUAAACCUUCUGCUGUCCAACAACCAUCUUAUUCUACCAUGACCAGUUCCCAAACACUAGCAGACAAAACUUCAUGUACCACUACUAAGCAACCAUCUUGUAAACAAGCCAUUGCUACAAUUACUGGUUCCAACUUUGAUCAAAUGGAUGUGAAAAAAAUUAAAGCAUUUAUUUCUGCCCGGGGUGUUCAAGUCUCCACUUACUGCAAAACUGAACUUAUUCACCUAGCUAAAGCAAUUGCUUUUAUGGACCUUCCUAAUGACCCUGAAUUUGAAAAUGAGUCCAUUGAUGAAUGUUUGUCAAGACGCCUCACACUUCCAGUAGGACAAAAAAUUUUGAACCCCUUCCAAAUGGCAUCAUUGACCAAUGAUUUCUCUCAGCUCCCUCCAUCUGGACUAAUGGACAUUUUUAAUCAUCAGAUUAUGAGCAAAACUGAUUAUGAUAAAAGCAAGUUAUCCUCCUGGCGCUCAUUUGAAGAGUACAAUUUAUGUACAAAUGGCCAUGUUCAAAGCCUUGGAGUAAACACUACAGAGGACCUUGAUGGCAGUACUUUUUUUGUGUUUGUAGCUGGAGUUAUACUAACUCAGAAACAAAAAAACUUGAGAGGGCGAUAAACUUUACAGGCUCUGAUUUGUUCUGGACUCAACUGAGUGUGUGUAUUCUGCAUUCUGUAUGUGCAAGGGUGGAGCCGAUCAAGGAUGCAGACAUUUAGGAGCAACUUUGUUUGAACUUGAUGAUUUUCUUUCAAAUCAAAGAAAGUCUGUCACCUCUAUGUCUGCAUAUUGGAACCCCAAGCCAACACACCUGUGUCUGAAAUGAAAGUUUCCAAAAGCUCUUUGAUGAAAAAGAAAAGAAAAAUAACACCAUACGAUGAUUCCUGGAUUGAUUCCCUUGAUCCUAGACCCAUGAAAGGUAGAAAGGAAAUAAAUCAUAAAGAAAAUAUUGAUUUUACAAAGAAACUUUGAAAAAUUGAUCCUUGUUCCGGUAUUCUUGAUUUUUUACUGUUUUCCCCAAAUUAUGAUGAAAAUGAAAAUUGUUCUUCUCAUUUUGAUAAUAGUAUAUCUCACCUGACCAUAUCAUCCCAAGCUAAGAAUUAUGUCAAGACAAAUUCUAAUAAGCUAUCAUAGGACAACCUUUUAAAUUUAGCUGAAGAAUUUCUAAAAGCCUUGACCUUUUCAGACAAUGAUAGCAUGACUAUAAACGAAGCAACCAUGGGACAACACGAAAACAAAAGCUAGCAUGAGAUGAGACACCUUUUAGUUACUGGGAAAAAAUAAAAUCUCUUUAUACCUGACAAAAAACUUUAGAAAAAGAUCCUCAUAUUGAUGUAUCACUCACUGUUAAAAAUUUCACAGAACAAAAAGAAUUCAAAGAAAACCAAGUGUAUCCUGAAGCCCUAGAACAUGGUAUAAAGGAAGAAGAAAAUGCAAAAUUUUACUACACAAAAGUCAAUGAAAAAAAGCACUGUUCAUUUGAUCUUAAGGAGCCAGGUCUCCUUAUUAGUAGCAGUUCUUCUUGGAUAGGAGCAAAUCUAGAUGGUAUUAGAAAAUGUCAGUGUUGUGACCCUAUGGUAGUAGAGAUAAAAUGUCCAUUUAAAGGGAAUGACCUUGACCCUAAAAUUGCUUUCCUGCUACCAACUGUUGGUGGAAAAAAAGAUGAAAAUGGAAAUGUUUUUCUGGACAAAAAAUCAUUGACAUUAUUUCCAAGUUCAGACUGGCAUGGCAGUUGCAGGUUUUAAAAACUUGCGAUUUUGUUACCUAUAAUAGUAAAGGGAUAUGUAUUGUUACAAUUACUUUUAAUGAUAAGUUUUGGGAAACUGUUGUAGCAGCAGUUCACAAGUUUAAUUGUCAGCAAAUAGUUCCUUCUUUCCUUAUGGAAGCCUUACCUGAUGACAAUUUUCACACAAAAGAGUUAUCCCAAAGACAAGAAGAUCAACAAAUUCAGUAAAUAUAAGUUCUUGUUUCUACAGUAUGCUCCUUACUUUAUGUUUCUUCCACAUAAAUUAGUUAAUGCCGCACAAACAAAAAUAAUUCUAUCAACACUGGUUUUAACAAAAGUGGAAUAACUCCUGAAAGAAUUCUAAAUUGCUUCAAUCUCAAAAUGUUUCUUUCAACGUGAGUUCUUAAUGAUGCCACACGACGGCUAUGUGUUGUCCCUUUUACUGAUAGGCAUGGUCCUCGAGAGUAGGCUGGUGAGACAAGGCGGAUUUUCUUAAAUGUUAAGAGAUCCCAAAUCACAAAACCCUUGUCAGCCAUGACUGCAUCCCCCUCCUCAAGCAAGUCUAGCAAUCCACUUUGCCUAACAAUUUCUUUGUCACUGAUGGAUCCUGUCCUUAAUGGUGGAAUGAAGGAUAUACCACCAGUUGGUGUUAUUGCUACCAGCAAUUUGGCAGUGUUCCAAUGUUUGUAAUUACUCCAUGUGAUCUUUUGGCUUGAAGGAACUUUUGGUUUUAGUAUGAAAAGUUCAAGACAGUAAAUUAUAACUCUUACAUUCUUAAAUUUUUUUAACCUUUUUGGCAGACAUUUUUGUAAUUCUGAUCUUGAAGGCCAUGGAACCAGAAAGGGCAGCUCUUGAGAAAGAAAUAUUAUCCAUGUAUUGUAAAUUCUGGAUACUUCAGAAAAAUUAAUGCCAAAAGUGUCAGCUAGGAAUUUGACAUCAAAACCUUUUCUUGUUCUCACUAAGGUAAGAACAAGUAGUUCCCAUCUUGUCAAGACUCCACCAUUUUUUCUCUGUUUUUGUGUCUCAGCUACUGGUUUUUUUGAUGACUUUUUAGUAUUCUUAUUACCCCUCCAGAGACGUAUUUCAACGGCCUUUGGUUCUAAAACUUAAAAAACCAAAUCAAGCCUAGACCUAGUUACACCUGUGAAACGAUAACAGUUUUUAAAACAAGUUGCUUGGUCAAUUAAAUAUUUUCACUUCUCUUUCACUUGACUUAGACACUCUGUCUGUGUAGCUGAUUCAACAAGAAAACUAGCUUCAUGAUCAGUAUCUGCAGGGAAUGCUGAGGCUACAUAAUCUAAUUCAGUGUUUUCUUCUAAUAAAGUCUCGUCCUCCGCAAAGGGCUCAUUCUCAACUGGAACUUCACUUUCGUCACUAUUUCGCUUUCUCUUCCUUGAGCGACUCUCUUUGAUCUGUGUAGAUCGGAUCUCUGGGGGAGGUCUUUUAGAUUUACUCUCACAAUCGUACCCUUUCAUGACAACGUUGGUGUAAGACAUUCAGAAGUUCUGUAGCCUUGUGCAAAAUGAUUUGAACAGACCUUCGUACUCAUUGUUACCUUGAAGUGAUCACGAGUAAUAGAUCUAGCCCACGACAAGAAAUCUUUCUUACUCUUGGGGGAGUAAAAUCUCAAUAUUCCAACGUGAGGAAGAGUAGUUUUCUUUUCUGGGUACCUUCGAUCGUUGUUACAACCUCACACAGUACAGUGAUCGCCGCGAAGCAUAUUUCCAAUAAUAUUUGUGUUAACGAGCUUCGAAAUGAGCCAGAAGUAUACCGCAUACAUUAAUUUACAAAUGAAAAAGCUUGAAUGGGUCACUUACUCGCAAUUAUUACUUAAUUUCGAGAUAUUUCAUGACCAUUACGAGAUGUCGAUUUCACAAUAAACCUUGCUCAAGGAGAGAACUUUAUCGGAAGAUUCUAACACAUAUCUGAUGAUUAUCUAAACAAAAACUUACACUUUUCACGUAUCAACAUUGCUUUCAUCCUUUCCUGUUAAAACGGCUGCAGAAAAGCGCUGAAUUCUCUCAAAAAUAGUUUUUUUGGACGCAAAAAACAACUUUUAGCCAUAUAUUUCUUUGUAGCAAUUUGCGUUGUUUGCCCCGUGGCGAUCCCAGAACCCUUUGCGCAUAACAGAGGGAUCUGAUUACUGGCAAUUCAUUCAUUUCGAGAACAAUUCAGGGUUCCUGGGGCCCUUUGCUCGACCUAUAAAUCGGAGCACGCUGUUUGCCUUGUUUUCAGGCUCCGUGAUAGAUUUGAUGUGAUGUGAAUUCCAAGAUCCUUAACGUUAGAUUACAAAGGGUUAACCAGGGAAAUUUUUCUUUUAAACUCCCUAACAAGAAGUUAGCCCUCAUGUGGCCAAAAUUUUAACUGAUAGCCGUAAAAGCCAUCACCCCAUUGAGACCCUCGUGAAGCUCGUGCGUUGAGAAAUGUUUGCAUUAAUGUUCCAUGUCUGAAAUGAUUGACAAGACAUGUUGGCGGUAUCUUUGAAUGGCAAAUGUAAAUUUGAACCCAAGCUUGUCCGUGAUCUUUCACAGUUAAUGACAACAUCGACUCUUAAGUUGUCUUUUAAGAAGUGCCUCAUUUUAAUAAAUUCUCUGAACUGAGAAUGUGACCGUAAGUACUAAAAUAGUUUGUCUUUUUGUGUCCUUCAUGAUAGCAUUAGAGAACACCAUGUAUCCGACCAUUAGAUCAGGACUGGCGAAGUUUGAUGUUAGUUUACCCGAGGAACUCCAAGACUAUGUCAGUUACUUAUUAGAUGAGUCAGCUAAACUUCACUUACGCAAGCAAGGUACUUAACGUUGUUAAAAUAAGCUUGUAUUGGCUUUGAAACAUAUGUCCAGUUAUCCAUAUUCGGUCGUAAGAUUAUUGAGAAAUACUGGGUUUGUGUAAUAGUCAAGAGAUUUUUUUUAACCCAGAUUUGUGAUCUUGUGUCAGGUUUUUUUCAUUCUCAGUAGACCUGGUAUCUUUAUAUAAUCAUCAAAUGACCUGCGCGGUCUAAUGCCCGUUCUUAUUAAGAAAAAAGAAAAUUAUAAAUAAACCCCUUUAUGAAGGCCGUGCGCGGUUGCGCUGGCAGGGGCAUUUAAAGCUGCAGGGCCAAGCGUGCGUCCACGCGAGAAGAAAGUAGAAUGAGAACAGUGGCGUUCAUGGAAUAAAAAUCUGAUUGACUGAGUAAGAUCAGGUCGGACCAACAUGACCCUUCUACUCAGUCCAUAAGUGCAUAGAAUUCUGAUGUUAAGGCUGAUCGCUUAUGUGUUGUAACCUAAGAACUUUAUGAUCGUAUUACCAAGAAAAAGACGUCUCUUUCAAUUUAUCAACACGAAUACUUCGUUGUUAUAUUUGCAAAGUGAAAACAAUUUUUUUUCUCUUGUGUUCUUGAAAAUGUUCUGAAACUUUAAAACCACAUUUGGAAAAAAAAGAAACAACAACAAGAACAACAACAACAACAACUUCUCUCGCGGGCAUUUUCGACUCCAAGAGUUUUAGAUUAUUAGCGAGGGAAAAGAUAAUAUUGGAAUAAAACUUUAUGACAACGAUUUACAACUUCGCAAAGGAUUUGCUGACAUUUUAAGACUUCUUGGAAAAGAAAAAGAAAAAAGGUUUGGUUUAAUGUUUUUGGUAUCGCACGACAUUUUUUGUUGUUCAUACUGUCCGUCUCCUUGUUUUCCCAUCUGGUUUCCUUUGACUUGGGAUGAUUCAACAAUAAGUCGAACACGGAGACUCGAAAUUAUUUUUGUGUCCAAUUUGCCUCGGUGUUUUCUGUGCUUUGUCAGUUUUUAGACUAAAACAAUGUAAAGGUAGUUUUUUUCGCGGUAAUGUUUUCCAGUAAAAAUUAAUAUUUCUUUUGUUUUAAUCCUUUAGUACUUCAACCACCUCGUGCCUUAGAGGAACUACGAGUAGCAAUGGAUAAAGACGAAUUGAAAACAUUCCUUACUAUUCACAUCAGAGAAGGUGCAUGGCAGGUGGUGCUGCUGUUUACGGAUGAGCUCUCUAUACAUGAACCACCAUGGGGCAGCCAUCAUGAAAUUUAUAAUAAGGACGAGGACGAGGAGGUGUUUAUUGAAGUGAUAUACAGUUCGACGUCAGGCAUAUUGAAGGCGUGGCCAACAGAGUUCGACCCUGGUUUGGUAGCACUGUGUAAAGCGAUCACCAACAGGGACUGGAAAGUAACCAGAUUAAUUCUCGCUUACAGUCGGAUAUCUGAUGAAGGUUUGAAGAACUUAAGUACAGCGCUUACUCAGGGUGAACUUUACAGCUUGACACUGUAUGACAUUGGUUUACAAAAUCAAGGAUUAGAACACCUGUGUACCGCGCUAACCAGCGUAAACUGCAGAUUAACAAACUUAGACGUCAGUUACAAUGAUUUGGGAGACGUAGGAAUAAUGCAAUUGUGUAACGCGCUAGCCAGCGUUAACUGUAGAUUAACAAGCUUAAACGUCAGUUGCAAUAAGUGGGGAGACAAUGGAGGAAUGCACUUGCGUAACGCGCUAACCAGCGUUAAUUGCAGAUUAACAAGUUUAAACGUCAAUGAAAAUCAGUUGGGAGACAACGGACUGAGACACUUGUGUGAUGCACUGACCAGCAGUAACUGUGCUUUAACCAAAUUAAAAGUCGGUUUUAAUAGACUAGGAGAUGGAGGAAUCAAAGAAUUGUCUGAAGUCUUAACCAACGGAUUCUGUACAUUAACAAGCUUAGACAUAGGCGGCAAUGAAUUUGGAGAUGAAGGAAUCAAGCACCUGUGUAAGGCCUUGACUGAUACCAAAUGCAUACUACGGAGCUUAAACCUCCAGGGAAAUCGGUAUGUAACAGAUGAUGGAAAAAAAUAUUUGUCUCAAAUGUUAACUGGUACUGACUGGGAAGAUAAAGGGGCUCUACGACUUUUCCGUUCAACUAAAAAGUAGACCAAGGAACAGGUCAGUGGCACAAAGCCCUGACAGGUUCCUCCUGUUACGUUUCGCUUGUCAUGAAAUAAAUUCCAUUUUUAUGAAUGACAACUUGAAGAUUAUUGUUCAAGGUGAUUAAUUAGAUAGCUGACCUGCUAGUCACUAUCACUUGUUGAACGGAGUAGUAAAAUUGAUCAGCAGUGAGGCAGUCGAAACAUUGCGAUCAAGAAUCGAGAAAUGACUCGCUAUCAUGACACAAACGAACGAGGGACGUAGGAAAAAUUUUGAGUCCCCAUGAGGAAUCUUCUCUCAGACCUUCGGAUUCCGCACUCUGAUGCUCUACCACUGAGCCACAAUGCGUGAGGUCUACUACGAAGUUCAUAUAAGACGCGUCCUGCAUACUGCGAGGUUCUGCAACGUCGAUAGCGUAAUGUUUGUAGAUAGAAAUAGGAGAGAUGGUAAGUUUUGAGCUCGGUAAAGCUCAAGUUUUUGUCUUGUCACGAGCGUGAGAUAAAGAAUAGAAUCUGAGUCCCCAUGAAGAACGGAACCUCAGACCUUCGGAUUCGGCGCUCCGAUGCUCUACCACUGAGUCACAGAGACUCCACGGUCUUUACCGAGCUCAAAACUAACCAUCUCUCUUAUUUCUAUCUACAAACAUUACCCUAUCGAUAUUGCUGAUCCUAGCAGUAUACAGAAUGCAUGUCAUAUCAACUUCGUAAUAGUCUCUGUGGCUCAGAGGUAAAGCAUCGAACCGCUGAAUCCAAAGGUCAGAGGUUCGAUUCCUCGUGGGGACUCAGAAUUUUUUCUUCGUCCCACGCUCGUGACAAGACGAAAAAAAAACAUCUUUCUCGAUAUUGAAUUAUUUUUUUAUAACCUAAGUAAUGAAUAUCGUUGUCUUCUAAGAGAAAACUUUUAAAAGGUCUACAUGAACUUGUGACGUACAAAUAAAGUAAUAACAUAUUUUCUCAAUUUUCAUAGGCUUUCAAUUUUUAGUUGGUAGACUCCAAGAGUAUUAUGUUUAGCUUAAUCGAAAUACACUUGGACAAUAAGGAAUGUUUUGUUCUGCCUUGUCCGUUUUCGAAGCCAAAUGUAGGCGUUGUACAACCAAUUGUACACUCGUUCAAAUGAGUUUAUUUGGACUUUACCUAGUAAGUCAUUUGUGCAAAGCUUGUACUCUAACUCGUAAUUUUUUUCAUUCUAGCUGAUGAUUUUAUGGAGUGCAGAUUUAUGUAUUACUCUAAAAUUACAUACUAAUGAUAGGAAAUUGUUUUACGGCUUACGUAGUCCUUAUAAUAUACAAUCUCUUUUUCAAUUUACUGUAAUAGUUCAGAAUGUAAUGUAAUCUAAUUGAUAAUGUGCAAGUUAUUGUUCCAAAAUUCUCAACUCUCGGUAGAAAUCAUGUUUUAAUAUAUAUUUGAUGUUUUUUAAAGGACCACACUAAACUGCGAAGUAUAUUAACCAAGGACAUUGAAUAUGUGUAAGGACUGCAGUUGAAUUUAAUAAAUGCUGU